AUGCGCAAAAUAAUGGAGGCUACAUCCCAACCUACUUCGUUUGCUGACGUUCCAGGCAUACUGCGCUUCACCCGAGAGAAGAGAUCAGCGAUCAAUCGCCUGACCAUCGGUGUCCGUGUCUACGGAGCCCACGCUUGCGCCCCUCGACCCACUUUCACUUCUGCUUUUCCUUCCCUAGAAUGAGAUGAUGCUGAUGAGGAGAUAAGUCAGUGUCCUGGCUGGUAUGCGACUGUGUCGUAUGAGAACCGCUGCCUCGCCUGGGACUCUGGUCGCAAAAAUGGAUGCCUAGAUUUCAGUGAAGAACAAUAA